AUGAGUUGGCCCUACCGCUUCGUCGACCUGUCCAAGGAAGAGGUUCAGGUCCGGAGACAGACCCUGGAUCGUUAUGGCAGCUAUGCUCAGUACUCGGCACUGACGCCAAUCAUCAUUGCUUUGCUAUUCCGGCUCGGGGCGUAUCUCAGUCAACGCUGGCAGUCGGGAGCUUCCUACUCUGCUGUCCCAGGCUCCCCUGAGCUGAAGACAAAGAGACAGAGCUGGAGCCACAGCUGGGAUGCCACAAUCAAGAAGUGGAAGUGGUGGCUGGCCGACGAUGUCUACUUCAUGGGGCAGCAUUGGGGUCAAAAGGACCAAUGGGUUUUUGGUUUGGCCUGGGCGUCAUGGCUGCUGGUUCUGAGCGUGUUGGAGACGGGCGAUGAUUACCUCCAUCUCACCAAACGCUUUGGCAUCAUCGCAGUCUCCCAGAUCCCCUUUCAGUACCUGCUGGCAUUGAAGAGCUUCAGCCCCAUCGCCAAGGCUUUCCGCACAUCUCACGAGGAGCUGAACAAAUGGCACCGCGUUCUCUCCCGUGUGACGCUAUCCCUUCUUGUCCUCCACGCCGUAUUCUACCUGAACUUCUUCGUGGCCAAAGGCAUCGUUCAGAAGCGCCUCUUUGCACCCGUUGUCUUCGCCGGUGUCGUUGCGUUUGCAACCAUGAACAUGAUGACUUCAACAGCGGCUGCCACCGUUCGAAGGUACUCGUACCGCGUCUUCUUUAUCACCCAUCUUAUCGGCGCCUUUGCAAUUCCGGUCCUGGUCUUCUUCCACGCCAAGUCGGCUCGCCUGUUUAUGGUCAAGGCUAUCAUCGUCUUCCUCAUCGACCUUACCGUCCGUCGUCUCCGGACUGUAAUGGCUCUCUCAAAGGUUGAGACCAUCCCUGGCACGAAUCUGAUCAAAAUAUCCGCCUCAAUCCCUCAGCACAAGAUCAAUGCUUUCCAUACUCGCCCAGGUUCCCACAUCUACCUCAGCGUACCCGCCGCGGCACGACCUGGAGCUGGCCCAACAUCCCCUGAUGCAAUGCUCUUUGAAUUUCUCUUCAACCCCUUCACCGUUGCAUCCGUCGACGAGGACAACGGCAGCCUCACUCUGGUAGCUCGGCAACUUGAUGGCCCGCUCACACGACAUCUCGGCCGCUUCGCAAACGCGGGCACCGGCAUCGAAGACGGCAAAGUCCCGCUCUGCAUCGAGGGCCCGUACGGUGCCGCAUCCCUCCACUUUGACAAACUCACCGGCUCCUCAGUCGACCGCUUCCUGUUGGUUGCCGGCGGCGUGGGCGCAACCUUUACCGUACCAAUUUACCACGCCAUCCUCCAAGACAACCCCAGCGCCAAGGUCGAACUCGUCUGGUCCAUCCGCGGCGCCAGCGACACAGCCUGGGCUACGGCCGCCGAAAAGUCCAUCUCCAAGAGCAUCAUCGACGACCCCAACGUCCGCGUCUUCCUCACAGGCGAUGCCCUCGACUCGGACUCUACUGGUCCCAUGGCCGGGCUUCCCUCCGAGACGAACGCCGAGGGCGAGAUGGAGAUGAGCUCACUGCAACGUGACCGGAGGCGGAACCGCCUCACCAGCGAGAGCAGCCGCAAGCGUCCGGACUUACGCAAGAUCGUUGACGAGUUCUUCAGGCAGGGGGCCGAGGAAAGGGUCGCGGUACUUGUGUGCGGGCCGGCGGAGAUGGGACGGGAGGUGCGGAAGUAUGUCGGCGCGUGGGUCAUGAGGGGCCGGGAUGUGGUGUGGCACAAUGAAGCCUUUGGCUGGUGA